CUAAGAGAAUUCCAAGCUGCCAAAACUAACAAACAGUCAAAUGAAUCAUAUGUCAACGAAGCUCAUGGUUUCAACGUUUCGGGGACUGGUGGCUAUCGAAUCAGUUACCGAAAAGCUUUAGAGUUGAGAUGCAUAUCUUCCAUAGCUCACUGA